AAGUUCACAAUCAUCAUUCAAUCAGUAUCAGUGUGCAGUGCAGUGCCAGCGAGCGAAUUUAUUAAGGGAAAAUCAGCCAGCAUAGUGUACUUUGGACUCGUUAUUUAUUAUAAGUAAGCUUGCGCAGGCUCAUAAGGUGGCUGAUAGCAUUUCUGGUUGGUGAUAUAAUACGUCCACUUAGACUAGAAGUAGUACCGAAGCAGGAAGCUAAAAACCAGCAAAAAAAAAAUGUCUGAAAAUGUUAGCCCCAUCAAGUAUUUUCUGUCCGGAGGUUUCGGAGGGAUCUGUACUGUUUUGGCAGGACACCCUUUGGAUACGAUAAAGGUGCGCCUGCAAACUAUGCCACUGCCUGCACCUGGUCAAGCUCCGCAAUUUGCCGGAACGUUAGACUGUGCGAAGAAGACAAUCCGAAAUGAAGGCUUCAAAGGGCUGUACAAGGGAAUGUCGGCUCCGAUAGCUGGCGUGGCACCAAUCUUUGCCAUGAGCUUCUUCGGUUUCGGUGUUGGAAAGAGAUUACAGCAAAAGACGCCUAAUGAAGAGCUUAACAACACUCAGCUAUUUGCAGCGGGAGCUUUCUCCGGUAUAUUCACGACAACGGUGAUGGCCCCGGGAGAGCGAAUCAAGUGCCUGCUUCAAAUUCAACAGGGAGGCAAUGCGCCUCAGAAAUACAAUGGCAUGGUGGACUGUGCUAAGCAGCUGUACGCCGAAGGUGGAAUCCGUAGUAUUUACAAAGGAUCGUUUGCCACACUACUCAGAGACGUCCCUGCUUCGGGAAUGUAUUUCCUUACAUAUGAAUACGUCAAAAAGGCACUGGCUCCGAAGGAUAACGAAAAGGAGGACGCCGGAAAGGGCCUUUUGAGGACUAUCUUUGCUGGAGGCAUGGCAGGAAUUGCCAACUGGGCUAUUGGAAUGCCAGCUGAUGUGCUCAAGUCUCGACUGCAAACGGCUCCGCAGGGAACUUACAAAAACGGUAUUCGCGAUGUGUUCCGAGAACUGAUGAAAAACGAAGGACCGCUGGCACUCUACAAGGGCGUAACUCCGGUGAUGUUGCGAGCGUUCCCAGCAAAUGCCGCUUGCUUCAUUGGAUUCGAAAUUUUUAUGAAUUUUUUGAACUUCGUAGCCCCGAACUUGUAGACGGGCAGUGAAAAAGCAGGGAUUAUCUUAUGUUUGUUCUAUUUGUCUUGUUUAAGUCUGAAAGAUAUCGUAUUUUUGAAUAACUGCGCAAGGUGACGGUCCAAUCCAAUCUGUUGCCACCUACCUGUUGUUUAACAACACUGGUGAAACCUGGGAGCUAACUGCCUAACAUGUUGAUACGUUUUGUAGAAAGUUGAAAAAAAUAUAUGACUUUAUAUGAAA